UGCCGGCUGCUGGGGAGGGCACAGCCGCCUGAAAUGACCAAGGCUGGAGACUUCAUCCUGGGUGGUAUCUUCACCUUUCGUACCGGGUACAGAGGCAGGGUGCCUACCUUUCAGACCAUACCCGACCCUCCAACGUGUAGACACAUAAAUACAAGAGAAUUCAAAUUUGCUCAGACCAUGAUCUUUGCAAUUGAAGAAAUAAACCAAAAUCCUGCUAUUCUCCCACACCAUACACUGGGGUACAAGAUAUACAAUGCUUGUGGGUUGACAAAUAUUAUCAAAUCUGCAAUAGAUUUAGCCAACGGUCAGAGGGAGAUUAUAGAUCAGAGGAAUUGUACAAAGGCUGAGACUGCACAGGCUGUACUGGGGCACUCUGGAUCCACACCUACAAUGGGAUUUGCUCAGAUUAUCGGAAGGUUCUGGAUCCCUGUGCUCAGCCAUUUUGCAACCUGUACCUGCCUGAGCGACAGAAAGGAGUUUCCAUCCUUUUUCAGGACUAUCCCCAGUGACCUCCACCAAAGCAGAGCUCUGGCAAAGCUGGUCAAGCACUUCGGCUGGACAUGGGUGGGGGCAAUAAGUAAUAAAAAUGACUAUGGUGUCAAUGGUAUCGCCUCUUUUAUAAAAGCUGCACAAGAACAAGGGGUUUGCAUAGAGUAUUACCAAGCCUUUGAGCAAACAGGUCCCCUUGGAGAAUUAGCAAAAGUAGUUGAAACUGUGAAGUACUCCAGCUCUAAAGUCAUUGUGGCUUUUAUGUCUCACAGAGAAAUUAAAGUACUGGCAGCAGAGUUGUAUAAGCAGAACAUUACAGGACUGCAGUGGGUCGGAAGUGACGCUUGGAUCACAGAUCACUCUCUGACUGACAGUGAGGGACAUAGCGUCCUGGUGGGCUCCAUGGGCUUUGUUGUCAGCAGAGCCCGGAUCCCGGGGUUGGAGGAUCACCUCAGGGGACUCCACCCCUCACAGUUCCCUCACAGCCAGUUUUUCAGAGAUUUCUGGGAAGGAGUGUUUGACUGCUCUUUGAACGAAGCAGAAAAUAUACAAAAAAAGCCAUGCAGUGGCUCGGAAAGCUUCCAGAAUGUCCACUUGCAAUUUACAGAUGUGUCCGAGUUGAGAUUCACUAAUAAUGUUUAUAAGUCAGUUUAUGCAGUGGCCUAUGCCCUCCACAAUCUGACCACAUGUGAAGAGGGGGGAGGUCCGUUCUUUAACGCAAGUUGUGCAAAUACAGCACAUAUUCAACCAUGGCAGGUGCUGCAUUAUUUACAGAACAUCAACUUCACAACAACUCAGGGAGAGAGGGUGACUUUUGACCAGAAUGGAGAUUCACCUGCGAGAUAUGAACUUGUAAAUGUACAAAGUGCAUCAUCAGGAACCAUACAUGUUGCCACAGUUGGUGUUUUUGAUGCCACUCUGCCUGAUGAGAAUCAAAUUAUAUUAAAUGAUGUAGAAAUAGUUUGGGGAGGAGGAGGAGGAGGACAUACGGUGCCUGUCUCAGUGUGCAGUGAGAGCUGUCCCCCUGGAAGACGUAAAGUCCUGCAAAAACAAAAACCUAUUUGCUGCUAUGACUGUGUACUGUGUGCAGAAGGAGAAAUCAGCAACAUCACAGACUCUGUGGAGUGUCUCAAAUGUCCCAUUGAAUUUUGGCCCAACACACGAGGAGACACGUGCAUUUUAAAAGAAAUUGAAUUUCUGUCUUUUGCAGAAAUGAUGGGAAUCAUUUUAACAGUUUUUUGUCUAAUGGGAGCUUUUUUGACAACUAUGAUAGCGAUAGUGUUCUUUCAGUUCAGGGAAACUCCUAUUGUCAGGGCCAAUAACUCAGAGCUGAGUUUCCUGCUGCUCUUCUCUUUGACCCUGUGUUUCCUGUGCUCUCUGACUUUCAUCGGACGUCCAUCUCAGUGGUCCUGCAUGCUCCGUCACACAGCUUUCGGCAUCACCUUCGUCCUCUGCAUCUCUUGUGUUCUUGGUAAAACUAUAGUGGUGUUAAUGGCCUUCAGGGCUACACUUCCAGGCAGUAAUGUGAUGAAAUGGUUUGGGCCUGUUCAACAGAGACUCAGUGUUGUGGCUUUUACUCUCGUACAGGUUGUUAUUUGCAUACUUUGGCUCACAAUCAACCCUCCGUUUCCAUUUAAGAAUCUGUUGCACUAUAAAGACAGAAUCAUCUUAGAAUGUAGUCUUGGCUCAGCAGUAGGUUUCUGGGCUGUGUUGGGUUAUAUUGGACUCCUGGCAAUUUUAUGUUUCAUUCUUGCUUUUCUGGCUCGGAAGCUGCCUGAUAACUUCAACGAGGCUAAACUCAUCACCUUCAGUAUGCUCAUAUUCUGUGCAGUCUGGAUCACCUUCAUCCCAGCUUAUGUCAGCUCUCCUGGGAAAUUCACUGUAGCUGUGGAGAUAUUUGCUAUUCUGGCUUCAAGUUAUGGACUACUCUUCUGUUUAUUUAUUCCCAAGUGUUUUAUUAUUGUAAUGAGACCAGAGCAAAAUACUAAAAAGCAUCUGAUGGGCAAAACAACAAAAGAUAUUCAAUAUUAA